UGGCCGUUCAAAAAAAAAAAAAAAGUAGUCACCUCUCUCUCUCUCUAUCUCUCUCUCUCUCUCCCUGUAACCGUCGUCCAUCGUCCUCACUCGGAACAUCCACCACCGCCAUUUUCAAAUCUAUAAAAUGGAGUUACCUAGAAAACGAGCAUCGGAUGAUUUUAAUGAUCGCGAUCUUGAGGCAGGUAGAAGACAGAAACCAAAGGUGCUUGCAGUUCGUGAUUUUCCUCCUGGCUGUGGAAUUAAUGAAGCUGACAUAAAGCCUUUGAAGAAGUUACGAAAUGUUCAUUUACAUCUUGAGGCAGUCAGAAAACAGAAACCAAAGGUGCUUGCGGUUCGUGAUUUUCCUCCUGGCUGUGGAGUUAAAGAAGCUGACAUAAAGCCUUUGAAGAAGUUAAGAAAUGUUCAUUUACAUCUUGAGAAUAAUAGCUUGAAACCUAAUGAAUUUUUCGAAAAAUCGAAAGUCACCAACACCGUUGUUACUGAGAGGAAGCCGCUGAAGCUUCUGGACAAUGAAGACACAAAUACUGGGAAGACAAAUUUGCGCAUGAAGGACAAGGCAGUGAGCAUUGAGCAUGCAGAAUUCAGGAGAAACAAACCUUCAUUUGGCUUAAAGCCUGCUGGGAAGGUUAUGUUUUGGGACCCUACUUGUACAAAUGAGGGUCAUGACCAACAACCAAAAGUCACCACCACUACCGUAUCAAGGGGAAAACCUUUGAAAAGUUCUGAUAAUGGUGAUUCAAAUGUAACGAAGUUGACUUCAAAUGGCGAGGAUAAAAGGUUUCAACCCAAAGAACGGAGCAGAAACAAAUCGUCUUUUGGCUCAAAGGAAGGUGAUGCCCAAAAAUCAGACGUGAGUACAACUAGUGGAACGCGAAAGGAACACACAAAACGUGAGAAGAUUAAAGAAGCAAUGAGUGUUUUUGAUGAGGUCUAUGCAAAACUAUUACAAGAUAACAGACUGAAGUCAAAGGAAGAAAAGAUUGCGAAUUGGAGGGUUCCUGUGGAGGUUGCAAAAAUAGCCAAACAAAUGCUGAAGUGGAUGGAACCUGAAAAGAGUUUAGGUCACAUAUGUGGAGUACAAAUUGGCGAUAAGUUCAAAUUCAGGUCACAACUUAAGAUGAUCGGUCUUCACUGCCAACUUCAGUCUGGUAUUGAUUAUACCAAUAUAGAAGGAAAGAAUUUGGCUAUAAGCGUAGUUGACGCUCAUCGUUACUCGAAUGAAAGCGGAUCUAGUGAUAUGCUGAUAUAUAGUGGUCAUGGUGGGCUUGGAUUCUUGGGGUGUAAAUUGCCACCAGAAGAUCAAAAACUCGUACGAGGUAAUCUGGCUUUGAAGAAUAGUAUGGAUGAGAGAACCCCGGUUCGAGUGAUUAGGAAAGUUGAAGGGUUUCAGAAGAAUGAGCUGUUUGUGUACGAUGGCUUGUAUGUUGUGAAUCAUUAUACGCAAAACAGAAAUGAAGAAGGCAAGAUUGCGUUCCAAUUUCAUUUAAGUAGAGUACCAGGGCAGCCUCUACUUCACAAAAUGCUAAAUGCUAGCUGUUGAUAGACCUUUCAAAUGCUUGCAAUUGGAUUUGAUAUUGGAUCAGACAACCAUAUGCCGUUUAGUGUUUGUAAUUUUCUUAUUUCAAUGAACUUCAGCUUGUAUGCUUAUUUCUCUUGUUGUAGCUAGUUAUCCAGCACCCAUUUUAAAAAUAAACAAACCCAUAUUUCUUCUGUA